UGAGAACUGCCAUUGGACGUAACAACAUCCCUCGUAACGUACAGGGGUGACGAACCACCUGUACCUAAACUCCAAGCUGUAAGACAAGAUGUCACGAUAGGCGAAGACCACCCUUGCGCAGUUCUCAAGUCACAAACCUUAGCUUCACUUUAACCUUACAUCACUGCGACAUCGUUCCAGCAAAGGCAACGAGAGUGCUCUCGAGAUGAAUGCACUACGCAUUCAGUGUCAUGACUGGGCCUAUUUGACGGAGGGCAAUGCCAACCUCAUUUUUGUUUACACAGGAGCAUCUAACUCCAACUUUGACGGCAAGAUAUUGAGGUUUCGCAAAAGUGGCACAGCCGUCGGUAUUAAGGAUGCCCACUCGUAUAUCGUGAGGGAGAUAGUUCCCCUGUUGGGAGCUGCUCACGUUGUGGUGGGUGAACUGAUACCUACCGACAGAAAUGUUAUUGUGGAACUGAAUGACAUGUUGAAGGUUGUCAAGAGAACCAGGAAGGAUGACAGAAGGAUAAGUCUGGAGGACGGGUGGGCAUUGCUUAUGGAGGAUCUUAGAGACCAAGAUGUGGUACAGUUCAAGCCAAAGUGGUUAUGUCAAUCUCCCACAGCGCCCGAUAAUUGGGUUGCUUGCCGGACAUGUGCGCUUCGUCGAAGUAAGGGCAAGACGAAGGUAGGUCACUUUUGUCCCUUGGAUCUGGGCUCGGGUGAAACAGGAAGGGUUACGCGUGCAGCGAAAGCGAUCCUUGAGGGCUCGGGACUGUCACAGGAAUCUUUGAUCUCACAGUUCGUGCGGAUAUUGACUGCGUCGCCCGUUUUGGUGAACCUGAGAGAAGCUCAGGCCCGUUACGAUCGAACUGGACCAUUCCGUCAGGAAGGAGCAAGCAUUGCAGUGGAAGGCAACGAAGACCUCCCACUGGCCAUGACACUCAGAGAUUGCACGCUAUUUGUUGACAUUCGUAGAGGAAUGGUAAGGAUCAUCGACCUUGAUCCUAAAGACGAAGUUACCAAAGGGAAAUAUUGGACGACGGUCGAGAGAACACUGACAGAUGGUGGGUGGUAUAUGGGUAGAGGCAUGCUAGACGGCGAGCAACGGUGUUAUUAAUGGGCAUUCGCAAGAAAGCGCAUCACCGAAUGCAUAGAGCAACGAUUAGGAAAUUU